AUGAAUAGACUUUUAAGCCUCCUUUGUAUAAGCCUUUGGCUUAUAUAUUCCCUGCAACAAUCUGCAGCCCUACCAAAUGAUAUUUAUUUGAAAAUGUUCUCCUCACAUGCGCCCUCCGAUCCUUGCUAUGACGAGGAUAAGGCACGCAAAUGUAUACCGGAUUUUGUAAAUGCUGCAUAUGGUGCACCCGUGGAGGCUUCCAGUACUUGUGGUAUGGAAAAUCCACAGCGUUAUUGUGAAACAAAUGGAAAUGGUGGGGAUACGACGACGUGUAAUAUAUGUGAUAAUUCGAAUCCACAGAGAAGAUUUUCAUCGGCCGCUUUGACUGAUUUGAAUAAUCCCAAUAAUGUAACCUGCUGGCGUUCCGAGCCCAUUGCCCCAGUGAAUAAUCCAAAUGCACCGCCCGACAAUGUUACGCUGACUUUGUCACUUGGCAAGAAAUAUGAAUUGACCUAUGUUAGUUUGCAGUUUUGUCCAAAGGCACCCAAACCCGAUUCGAUUGCCAUUUAUAAAAGUUCAGAUUAUGGUGAGACGUGGCAACCCUUUCAGUUUUAUAGUUCCCAGUGUCGGAGGGUUUAUGGUCGAGCAAAUAGGGCUACCAUCAACAAACAUAAUGAACAAGAAGCUAGAUGCACCGAUUCCCAUCGCCACACCAGUGAUGCCUUGAACGGCAUACAAGGUUCGCGUAUUGCCUUUAGCACUUUAGAUGGUCGCCCAUCGGCCAGAGAUUUGGACUCAUCACCGGUACUGCAGGAUUGGGUUACCGCCACGGAUAUUAAAGUUAUCUUUCAUCGUUUGCAAAUGCCUGAAGUUGGUGGUAAUGGUCUGAUCACGCUGAAUAAUCCUGUUGAGAAAUCUUCAUCCGAUGCCAAGUCAGGAAAAUAUAGUGAACCCAGCUCAUUGAUCAUAAGCAGUUUGGAUCAAACAAAUUCGAUAAUUGGUGGCUCAUCAUCGGCAUUGGCCGCCUCAUCCGGUUUGCAUUAUGCCGUUUCCGAUUUUGCCGUUGGUGGACGCUGUAAAUGUAAUGGUCAUGCCUCUAAGUGUUCGACCAAUCCGAAGGGCCAACUGGCCUGCGAAUGUAAACACAACACGGAGGGUCGUGAUUGUGAACGCUGUAAACCAUUCUAUUAUGAUCGUCCCUGGGGUCGUGCCACGGCACGUGAUGCCAAUGAAUGUAAAAGUAAGUACGAACGAA